AAUCAGCUACAUACCAGAGAUAAUCGGUAAACCUGCCACUUUGCUACUGACAUAUCAAAUAAUCCGCGAAUUUCACUCGUGAAACAAUAAAACAAUAAUAAUCCACCACUCGUGAGUCAAAUCAUCGUCGACAAGACCCAAAACCCCGAUAAUAUCCAGAAAACUGGACAAAUGUAGACGUGAAUUCCCUGGAGUUUUUCACCUUCACUUUGGGUAAAAAUAAGUGUAUAUAAUUAUCGGUCUCAGGACGUACAUUCGAUUGCACGUAAAGGUCAUUCAGCAUUAUGCCUUUAAAUGCAGAUAUAUCAACUGCCCUCCAUCUACUGGAGCACAUUUACGAUCGAGUCAAGGACAGUGAUGAUCCAAAACUCCAGAUGCACACGAGCACCGAUUUGGAGUCCUUGAUAUCCCUCCUGGAGAAUCCAGUGCUUCGAAACAUAGCUGUAAUCCAGGAUUCACUGGGCGAUUUGAACACCCAAUUGACCCAGCAUCCCUCCAUCCUCCCUGGGGACUUUGAUAUCAAUCUGAACGGUCAGCUGGAGCUAUCAGUCCCCACAACGCCGACCCAACCGAUCGAAGGUAACAUUUAUCAGGAAUUGUAUCAGGACACUAGCGAGCAGGACGACCAGAGGGUCCCCGUGGCUCCUCUGGUCCACAGCAGCAGUGAGGACACAUCGGCGCAGGUCACUAGUCCAAGUCUUGCUUCUGAGGUCAUUGGCAUUCCACCCAUCACCACUCCAACUUAUGCCAAGGAAUUUCAAAAGGUCAUUGAUGCUGCUGCUAAGGGCAGACAAGUUGUCACUGUUCAGUUGUAUAAACCCGAGGGCACAAGUCUCGGUUUUAGUGUUGUUGGUCUCCGUAGUACUGAUAAAGGAGAACUUGGAAUUUUCCUCCAGGAAAUUCAACCGAAUGGAAUUGCAGGAUGUGACGGUCGACUGGUAGAGGGUGAUCAAAUACUGGCGAUCGAUGGACAGCCACUGGACUCGAAUAUAUCGCAUGAGCAGGCAAUUUCAAUCCUCCAAAAGGCCCGGGGAAUCGUCGAAUUAGUUGUUGCUAGAAGUAAUCAAGAUCCCGUGCCACCGCAUGCAGCAUCAGAAGCAUCGACCCCAACCCUCAUCGCCAGCGAGGCGGACCAAAAGGAUCACCAGCCCGAGAAAGACUGGUCGACCACUUCAACCGUACAAUCAUCGAAAUCGAACCAAUCAUCCCACCCCCAGGCGCCACCCCCCGAGUCCCUCCCCAUCGAGAGGAGUCCCUCAGCCGUCAGUGACACCUCCAAAACUGGCUCUGACAUGGUUUUAAAUACAGAGUGGGCCCAAGUAGAAGUUAUAAACCUGAUAAACGAUGGCAGUGGUCUGGGUUUCGGUAUCAUCGGUGGCAGGAGCACUGGAGUCGUUGUCAAAACAAUUCUGCCAGGUGGUGUUGCUGAUCGUGACAACAGGCUCCAGAGUGGUGAUCACAUUCUCCAGAUCGGUGAUGUCAAUUUACGAGGAAUGGGGUCUGAACAGGUGGCAGCAGUACUUCGACAAUCAGGCACUCACGUUCGUCUCGUUGUGGCAAGACCAGUUGAGCCAACAUCCCCUGAUUACCAGGCCCUGGGGAGUCAUGCCCCCAUUGUCCCCACGAAAAUCCUGGGUGACCCCGAGGAGCUCGACAGGCACCUGCUGCACACAGCUCCCGAGACCUACAACCUCCCACACCUCAGAAAAGAAUCGACAACUGACAAUGGGGGGUUCAAUCAGGAUGGAGACAUGGAAAUGCACAGACCCAGUCUCAUAAUGGAUGUCGUGCGCAAUCCCCUGCCAAUUGGGGCAAUUCCGAUAAUUCCUGUCGUUCCAGUAAUUCCAGACCUCCCGGUACUCUCUAUGGAUCCUCUUGACGUCAGUUCGCUCCCUGAAAUGGAGAGAUUCACUGUGGAGCUCAAAAAGGAUAGUUAUGGAUUGGGAAUUACCAUCGCUGGAUACGUUUGUGAAAAAGAAGAACUUUCUGGAAUUUUUGUAAAGAGCAUCAGCAAGGGAAGUGCUGCUGAUCUCAGUGGAAAAAUUCAAAUUAAUGAUAGAAUUGUCGAAGUUGAUGGGCACUCACUCCAGGGAUAUUCGAAUCACGAGGCUGUGGAGGUGCUCAGGAGCACUGGACAAAUAGUUAUGCUGUGCUUGGAGAGAUACUUACGUGGACCAAAGUAUGAACAACUGCAGCAGGCCAUUGCUGCCAGCGAGCUGAGGGUGCCUCAACCCAGCUCACCUUCACUCACGAGUUUACCCAGUUUUCCUAUCAGUGCUGAUGGAGACACCAUGACCGAGAUUGAAGCUGAGAAUGAGUCUCAUACAACAGUGGACAGUGCUAUCUUGCAGGAAGGGGAAAAGUUUGAUGAUGAACCUGAAGAUAUGUCACUCGUGGAGGCUCUAUUGAGCGAUCCAUCCUGUGAACUUACGCCACAGAUUCAAGCGGCUAUUAAAGUCAAAUGGCAACGAAUUGUUGGUCCUGACGUUGAGAUUGUUGUGGCUCAAUUGAAGAAAUUCGCCGAAAGUAGUGGUCUCGGUAUAAGUUUAGAGGGCACAGUAGACGUAGAAAAUGGACAGGAAGUUAGGCCACAUCAUUACAUUCGUUCGAUUUUACCAGAAGGUCCUGUUGGACAAAAUGGAAUCCUCAGGUCUGGGGACGAACUUCUCGAGGUCAAUGGCUAUCGUCUAUUAGGUAUUAAUCACAUGGAAGUAGUGACGGUUUUAAAAGAACUCCCAAUUCACGUGCGAAUGGUGUGUGGGAGGAGUACAUCCUCCCAGGACGCCCUGUGUCCCAUCGACACUGCACAGCAUCAAGCGGCAUUUCAGACUCGAAGUAUUCUGGGCGGGUCCCUACAAAAUUUACUACCAACGAUGGAUCGUUUAGUGAAGGCCAAGUCGGAUGGCUCUCUGGCAUCAACAACGACAACAGCUACUGUCACUGACGCCAGUUUGUCAAAGAUGAAGUCUAGAUCGCUGGAGCCACUGACUGGACUGGCAAUGUGGAGUUCAGAGCCACAGAUUAUUGAGCUUGUUAAGGGGGAAAGAGGCCUUGGAUUUUCUAUUUUAGAUUAUCAGGAUCCAAUGAACCCCAACGAAACUGUGAUAGUAAUACGAUCAUUAGUGCCAGGUGGUGUUGCACAGAUGGACGGACAACUAAUUCCAGGUGAUCGUUUGUUAUUCGUAAAUAAUAUUGUUCUUGAGAAUGCAACGCUUGAUCAAGCUGUCCAAGCGUUGAAGGGUGCACCAAAGGGAACAGUAAGAAUUGGUGUUGCUAAACCAUUGCCAAUACCAGACAGUAUUGCCCAAGUUGGCAGUACAGAUGUAAGUAAAAAUGACAAUGGUUCAUCAACACUGACUAUUAUAAAUAAUGAUAAACACAGGAGGGAGUAUUUUAGAAAGAGGAAAAUUAAUGUUACACAACCAUUACAGUAUGUUAAUCUUAUUGAGAGUCUAGAGAAUCAACAUAAUCUUGUAAAGUCAGAAAGUUUCUAAUGAAUAUUAAAAAAUCAUACGAAAUGAGAGACAAUGGAUGCAUUGAGGGGAGAAACACGAAUUAGAGAAUCUAUCAUCAGACAGAGAAAUUAUUUAUUUUCAUUGAAUAAAUAAUUUUCGUUUCAUUACCUUCAAUUGUAUUCAAUCAAAUCGUGUGCAAACGAAAAUUUAUUUUUUAGAAGUGUUUUUUCUUGAAUCAAAAACAACUUUUCUCUUCAAUAUCGAAAAAAAUUACAAGUUAUAUUUACAUUUUAUUAGAGUGAAUUAUUUCAUGUAUUAUUCCACGAUGUAUUUACGUAUCUAGUACACUGGCAUCUCUACACCUGUAAGAAAUUCAUGUUACUUGAAAUUUUA